UGUAAGAAGAUCUAGAGCUUCUGAUCCCCUGACAUUGCAUAUUGGACACACAUUUACACUGACUGAAUAAGGUAAGGAUGCUAUGUUAUUGUACAUUUUAGUCUGUGCUAUUCGAAGAAAUAAUAAAAUAGGGAAUAGGACUGCUUUGGAACUUUGUCUCAGCCUGUUUAUUACUCUUGAACAGUACUAUUUGCUUCAACAGUCUCUUUCACAUGCCUACAUUAUCUUACUCCGUCUGUAGCUAAGCUAAAAUCAGUUUUCUUAACCACUGUUAAGCUGAUGAUAAAUGUAAUUUGGUUGUGAUGACCAAAUUUGGUUGGGAGUGGCCAGCCGUAUAGUGUGCUGUGUCUUGUUGCCAGUUAGCAAAAGAGAAACAUUUGUCCAUAUUUGUGCACAUGAUGUAUAUAAAUGUAAAAAUAUGACAAAAGUGACAAUUUGAUGCCUAGCUAGAUCUGAUGAGAUAUGAGAGUGGUAUACAUGGAGAACAAUGAAACGGAAAUGGUAUCUCCUGUUGGAUUACAUGGUGAAAUGACAAAAUGCCUCUCUUAAAGCAAAUAAAAUACCAAGAACAGAUUUUUAAAGCAUAUAAGCAGUUAAGGGACACUUGGGCUUUAGGACUCUUAACUCAUCUUCACAAACCAGAGGUUAAGACACAAGAUUAGGAAAAUUUGCCACCACCCACACUUACAGUAUAUUACACAGUUUUCUCAGUGAGAUCUCACAGAUUCCCAUCUUCAUCAUGAUCAUCAUCUCUCUGCUCCUGUUGGGCUCUCUCCUGCCACACCUGAGCUUCACUGCCAGUGUGAAAGUGGGGAUAGUGAAUGGAGAUAAACUAUGGCCUUCGCACUCCAGACCUUACAUGGUCUCUGUUCAGAAAAAAGGGAAACAUGUCUGUAGUGGAUUUCUCAUCUCUGAUCAGUUUGCCAUGACUGCUGCACACUGCAAAACCAAAGGGAAAUUGACAGUUGUGGCAGGUACAGAUAACUUAAUAAGGAGAAAGGAGCAUGUCCGCAUACGUGUUAUGUCCUAUUAUAAGCAUAAGCCAGAUCUUAUGGUUUUGGAGCUGAAUGAAAGAGUUAAACUAAAUAAAAAGAUCAAGACAAUCCCCAUACCAACGGGACAAGAGAAGAUCAAAGUGGGUACUAUGUGCAGUGUUGCAGGCUGGGGAGAAUUAACACAUUACGGUCCUAUACGUCUAAACCUCCAGGAGGCAAAUGUAAUGAUUAUGAGUGAUGAAGUCUGUCAACGUCAAUGGGGCAAGAAGUACAACGCUUCACAGAUGAUGUGUGUGUAUGGUGAAGGAAGCUCCUGUCCUGGGGAUACAGGAAGUCCUUUGGUUUGUGGCAACACUGCAGUGAGUGUAUCAUACUUCAGUAGCGAAAAUAACUGCAAUGACCCUAAUCAAUAUAAUGUUUAUUUAAAAAUGUCUGCAUUUCUUCCAUGGAUCAGGAAGAUGACUAGCAAUUCUAAUUGACUUAAAAAUGGAUUAAAAUGAUUUUUUAAUAUUUCUUUUUUCUUACAUUGUCCUUUUCAAUGUCAGUCUUUAA